UGAUCGAAACUAUUGCAUUAUAGAAAUUUCUACACAUUAAGAUACCAAUAUGUGUUCAUUUUUUAAUCAUGUCUAAUAUUUAAAUGUUGUAAUUGAUGCUCAUUUAUGCUGCUUAAGCAUUGACAUUCCCAUGUUGAUUUAAGAUAGUGAUUUAACAAUUUUGUUCUAUUUUAUACAGCAAAAAACCAACGAAAUUCACACUCUGGGAAGAAUUUAUUGAUCAUGAUGGGAAUAAACUACUCGAACUGCUUAAAAAAGAAUAUCCAAUCAUUCUUGCUAAAAAGGUUGCAAGACCAAAGUCGUCGUCAGGUAAAACACCUCAAAUGCAUACAAGAUGGAGUAACAAAUUCAAUACAGGAUUGACUAACAGAUUCAGUACAACAAUCGAAAUCAAUCCUCCAUACCCACAAGCAAAUGUGCUGAGAACAUGGGCCCAACAAAAUGAACAAAUGCUUAUUGCGUACACAAUGAAGAGCACAGGUCCAACAUGCUCUCUUUUAUUUGUUCCUUUCGAAGAAGAGAUAGUACCGAUUGCAGAAAUCCGACAACAAAAUCCAGGUCAAAUAUUCUACAUACAUGCUGAAGUCGCACUACAAAAUGAGAACCAACGAUUUUGUAUCCUAGCUUGUUCAGACUGCAAACAACACUUCACACGAGCUUUCUCACGGAGAAAGUUCUAUUGCACUAAUUGCCGUCAAGCUACCCAAUUGGUUCCCAGGUGCCAAUUUGAAAUGACGCUCACAGAUCAGAGCGGUUCUACAACAACAACUAUUGUCGAUGAGUAUGCAGAAAAAACAUUGUUUCUCACUUCGAAAGAGAUUUAUGAUAUCUGCAAUGUCAAGAAAGGACUGUUGCCUCUUGCGAACGCACAAAAGCUACUGACUGGCAAGAUCUUCAAGAUUCAAAUAAAAAAGCUGUUUACAAGAAAUAAUGAGGCAGGAAAGUUAGUUAUUUUAUCUUUCAUAGAUAAAAGUAAUUCGGUUGUCUCACAAAUGCCGGCCACCAUCAAGGAUGUUGCGGAAGGAAGUAAACAAAAAAUUGAACCCGCUGCCCCAGAGAAGCAAGAGCACCCACACAUAACAACCAAAGGCAACGGUUCCUACAAAUGUAAUGCGGAAAUGAAAAUUUCCCCUCCGAAAAAUUGCUGAGAGCAUUUUUGCCAGUGAAACAUCUUUUGCUACUAUUUUGGGAUGCAAGUAAAGCCGCAACUUGCUGUUGCUUUUGAAUACGGUUAAGGUCACUUUUACGACUGCUUUCUGGAUAUUCCUCUACUCGGAAUAUGUCGCAUCGACACGAGUUCGUGCUCUGUUUUUUGGUUGGUCAAUCCUUCUGGAGCAGCCUUUCUUGGGUACUCAGAGAUAUUUUUGGCGAAGAACUAACAGGAAAAGGAUCAGAAAAAAGACCAAAGACCGCAUAUGUAAAUAGUUGUAUCAUACAUGUUGUAACUGUUGUGACACUUUAGGCAUCCCUUAAUGUAAUGCUCUUGUGAACGCAUAUAUGUAAAUUAAGUGUGUACCACUUAACAUAAAAUAUUGUGUACUAGAUUCCAUACUUGCAUCAUUGAAUUUUGAGUUAAAUAACGUUGGGCCCGUGCUGGCACGGGCUACACCAUCCUAGUCUUCUUUAGAAGAGAAAGAGUUUUCGA